AUGGGGAAACUGCAUGGCGGACAGGCUCACCAUGGGCAGGUUUCCUACAUUGCCCCACCAAUCCACCUCGAUUCGGAUCUGGAGAGACCGCUGUCCAAGGGAGUAUCAACAUCGGGGGCUCUUGGCCCAGGAAGCACCCCUGCCAGCACCACGCCACGAGUGGCCACCAGCAGCACCGGCCGCACCACCACCACCUCGGCCGCAGGCAGGAGGAACAGGAGCACCAGCACGCCAUCACCCAUGGCCGACGUCCCCAACGAAAUGACCACGCACCUCCCACCUGCCUCCUCCCAGCUGCCGCCAACUGGUGCGGAGAGCUGUGACCCCAUGGAAGUCCGCGAUAUUAUGUGGUCUCGGACUCGGCAGGGCCAGGUAGCGAAGCAGCCGUGUCCCAUGGGCUCGAUAGGUGUUGCCACUUUCCGGUGUCUUGCGCCAGAUGGGAUCUGGGAGCCACAAGGACCUGAUCUUAGCAACUGCUCUUCUCCCUGGAUCAACUACAUCACUCAAAAGAUGAAAUCGGGGGAGAUGGCUGCCAACAUUGCCCGUGAGCUUGCGGAACACACAAAAAACCACUUGUAUGCUGGUGACAUCACGUACUCUGUGUCCGCCAUGGUCCAGCUGGUGAAUUUGCUUGAUGUGCAGCUCCGAAACCUGACUCCAGGCGGGAAGGACAGUGCUGCACGCAGCUUAAAUAAGCUUCAGAAAAGGGAGCGAUCUUGCAGGGCCUAUGUCCAGGCCAUGGUGGAGACAGUGAACAACCUCCUGCAGCCACAGGCUCUGAAUGCAUGGAGGGACCUGAACGCAAGUGAACAGCAGCGUGCAGCCACGAAACUACUUGACACCGUGGAGGACAGUGCCUUCGUGCUGGCUGAUAACCUGCUGAAGACAGACAUCGUCCGGGAAAACACUGACAACAUCCAGCUGGAAGUUGCAAGACUAAGCACAGAUGGGAACCUGGAAGAUCUGAAGUUUCCUCAGAACAUGGGCCACGGGAGUGCCAUUCAGCUCUCAGCAAAUACCUUGAAACAAAAUGGUCGAAAUGGUGAAAUCAGGGUGGCUUUUGUGCUGUACAACAACCUGGGCACCUAUCUCUCCACGGAGAACGCCAGCAUGAAGCUGGGAACAGAAGCAAUGUCGACUAAUCACUCUGUCAUUGUCAACUCCCCUGUCAUCACGGCAGCAAUAAACAAAGAGUUCAGCAAUAAGGUUUACCUAGCUGAUCCGGUGGUGUUUACUGUCAAGCACAUCAAGCAGUCAGAAGAAAAUUUCAAUCCAAACUGUUCAUUCUGGAGCUAUACAAAGCGUACAAUGACAGGGUAUUGGUCCACCCAGGGAUGUCGCCUUUUGACAACUAACAAGACACACACCACAUGCUCCUGCAAUCACCUAACCAACUUUGCAGUCCUGAUGGCACACGUGGAAGUUAAGCACAGUGAUGCAGUCCAUGACCUACUCCUGGACUUUAUCACGUGGGUUGGCAUCCUGCUCUCACUGGUGUGUCUCCUGAUCUGCAUCUUCACCUUCUGCUUCUUCCGUGGGCUGCAGAGUGACCGUAACACAAUUCACAAGAACUUGUGCAUCAGCCUCUUCGUGGCAGAACUCCUCUUCCUCAUCGGCAUCAACCGAACUGACCAACCGAUUGCCUGUGCUGUCUUUGCUGCUCUCCUGCACUUCUUCUUCCUGGCGGCUUUCACCUGGAUGUUCCUGGAAGGGGUACAGCUGUACAUCAUGCUGGUGGAGGUUUUUGAGAGUGAACACUCCCGGAGGAAGUACUUCUAUUUGGUUGGCUACGGCAUGCCUGCGCUGAUUGUGGCCGUAUCCGCAGCGGUGGACUACCGGAGCUACGGCACUGACAAAGUAUGUUGGCUCCGACUUGACACCUACUUCAUUUGGAGCUUUAUAGGACCGGCGACCUUGAUAAUUAUGCUCAAUGUCAUCUUCCUUGGGAUCGCUCUCUAUAAAAUGUUUCAUCAUACUGCCAUACUGAAACCUGAAUCUGGAUGUCUUGACAAUAUCAACUAUGAGGAUAACAGACCCUUCAUCAAGUCCUGGGUUAUAGGUGCAAUAGCACUACUCUGCCUAUUAGGACUGACCUGGGCAUUUGGACUCAUGUAUAUUAAUGAAAGCACAGUCAUCAUGGCGUAUCUCUUCACCAUAUUCAAUUCUCUGCAGGGAAUGUUUAUAUUCAUUUUCCAUUGUGUCCUCCAGAAAAAGGUACGUAAAGAGUAUGGAAAAUGCCUGCGCACACAUUGCUGUAGUGGGAAAAGUACAGAGAGCUCUAUUGGCUCAGGAAAAACCUCGGGGUCACGGACACCUGGAAGAUAUUCCACAGGCUCACAGAGCCGGAUUCGUAGGAUGUGGAAUGACACAGUUCGAAAGCAGUCCGAGUCUUCCUUUAUUACUGGAGAUAUAAACAGUUCAGCUUCACUCAACAGAGGAGCCAUGGCUAAUCAUCUUAUAACCAAUGCUCUGCUUCGUCCUCAUGGCACUAACAACCCUUAUAAUACAUUGCUCGGGGAAUCGGCGGUCUAUAACAACCCUUCUGUCAGCAUGUACAACGCACAAGAGCCCUACAGAGAGACAAAGGGGCUUCUGAACAAUGCCAGGGAUACAAGUGUCACGGAUACUCUACCACUGAAUGGUAAUCACGGCAACAGCUACAGCAUUGCCAGCGGCGAGUACCUCAGCAACUGCGUGCAAAUCCUAGACCGUGGGUACAACCACACCGAGAAUGCCCUCGAGAAAAAGAUCCUGAAGGAACUCACCUCCAACUACAUCCCUUCCUACCUGAACAACCACGAGCGCUCCAGCGAGCAGAGCCGCAACCUGAUGAACAAACUCGUCAACAGCGUGGGCGGCGGGAGUGAGGACGACGCCAUCGUGCUGGACGACGCCACCUCCUUCACCCACGAGGAGAGCCUGGGCCUGGAGCUCAUCCACGAGGAGUCAGACGCCCCGCUGCUACCCCCCCGGGUGUAUUCGGCAGACAACCACCAGCCCCACCUCUACAGCCGGCGGCGCAUCCCUCAAGACAACAGUGAGAGCUUUUUCCCCUUGCUGACCAACGAGCACACGGACGACAUCCAGUCGCCCAACAGGGAUUCUCUCUACACCAGUAUGCCCGCGCUGGCCGGCAUGCCCAUGACAGAAAGCGUCACUGCCAGCACCCAGACCGAUCCACCGCCAGCCAAAAGUGGCGGCAGCGACGCCGAUGAUGUUUACUACAAAAGCAUGCCCAACCUUGGCUCCAGGAACCACGUCCAUCAGCUACACACUUACUACCAGCUAGGUCGAGGCAGCAGCGAUGGUUUUAUAGUCCCGCCAAACAAAGAGGGAACCCCCCCGGACGGCAAUGCAAAAGGACCCGCUCACUUGGUCACUAGUCUAUAG